ACCCUGCUGUAAGAUGGUUGACCUGCAGCCAUUAACAGUCAAAGAAGAAGGGGAAGAAGCAGCAGUAAUCGGCUGGGAAGCUGCCUGCAUCAUCCGCCGACCGAGCCAGGAACCGACCAGCAGAACCGGAGAAAAAUGGCGUUCACAUUCGCGGCCUUUUGCUACAUGCUCGCUCUGCUGCUAACGGCGGCGCUUAUCUUCUUCGCUAUCUGGCAUAUAAUUGCUUUCGAUGAGCUGAAGACUGACUACAAGAAUCCUAUAGAUCAAUGUAACACUUUAAAUCCGACAGUUGAAAAGGUCAAAAAGAUUAAAAGAGUCAAAAUUGCAAUAAAGCUGGUGCUCCCAGAGUAUCUUAUCCACUUCUUCUUCUGCGUGAUGUUCUUCUGUGCGGCCGAGUGGCUCACCCUCUGUCUCAACUUACCACUGCUGGCUUAUCAUGUCUGGAGGUAUAUGAGCAGACCUGUGAUGAGCUGUCCAGGACUUUACGACCCAACAACCAUCAUGAACGCUGACAUCCUGGCGUACUGUCAAAAAGAAGGCUGGUGCAAACUGGCUUUCUACCUCCUGUCAUUCUUCUACUAUCUCUACGGGAUGAUCUACGUUCUGGUGAGCUCUUAAAUGGUGCGAUGAAGCAAAAGGACCUGCAUGUACAGUAAACGACCAGACACUAUGAUCUUAGUGCUGGAGCACUGGACCUGCUGGAGACCACCUUUCAGCAACACAAGACGCCAUUUCCAAGUGGACAAACCUGUCAUUUCAGAAACAUUUAGCCAGUUUUAAGAGAAUCUUGGUUGCAGUGUUCCUCUCAUAGCACUAUAGUUACAAAGGUUUUAUGGAAAAUACGGACAGGCCUGAAUGGACACAUCUCUUUCUCUCUCUUCUUUUUUUUCCCUGUUUUUUAAUAGUGUGAUUUUUGAUGCUUGGGAUUGAAAAUAAAGUUGUUGUUUUUUUCAUCACGGUUCCCAACUGUUGAGUGUUUACAGACUAGGUAGACAUUUUCAGGUGUGCAUUUAUCUGUGAGAACUGCAUUAGCUUUUUCUGUGAAUAAGAUCCCGGGCUUUAAAAGCCAAUUUACACCUGCCACGUGUCUCAUUACCAUGACUAAAACGAACAGCGGAGUGUAAAACAGACUUUUGUUCUUGCCCGCAGAUGCAGAAGGUCUUAUAACGUGACACAUUGAGGGCUGAAGUGCAUGUUAGCGAAACGUGUCGCACAAAGACAAUCGUAGUCUGGUUGUCUGUUAUCACCUUUCAAGCUAUCUGAUGUAUUGUUUCCAUACAUCCCUGUCAAACUAUUGCUGAUAUUUGUUUUCUUAAGUGUGGACCGCCAUGUGUGUGAUCUGUAGACCCGUCCUUGCAGCUAUCUCUAAAUAAAAGGUAGACUCAACAGUACUUUAAUGUAUUCACCGUUAGGAAGGAACACUAUCCUCCUCUUUCCUUUUGGCAUUUAAGUUUUGAUCGACAUCAGCUGAUGUGCCAUACUGUUGAAUGUACCUUUGAAUUUCUUUUUGUCAUUGUGCGUUUUAAAUUCAACACCAAAUAUUCCACAUUGUUAGAAGAUCCAACAUUUUAUUUAUUCAUUUUUUCAAUUUUACCUUUUUUCUUUUUUUAGUAAUUCUUCAGAAUAUCAAGCACUCCUCGCAGUAUCGCUCAUCUCCAAAAUCAGAAUCUAGACUGAUGCUUUAGGCCACUGCAAAUUUUUUUCAUUCAUGUUAGAGUAUUUAUUGUCAUGUCUAACAUGUAAAUUUAUCAGGGAAAAGGAUUAUCAUUUGUCACAUUCAAAUAAAGAAGUUUUUAUGUGUUAGAUCACAUCAAAUUACAUCUAGGAAAUUGUUUAUUUGGAUCUAAAUAAACUAUCCUGCUCUGUUAA